GCGCCCGUCCCGUGCCCGCCCUUAAUGGCGGCGCCGCCGUGGCUUCUCCGCUGUACCCCUUCGCUCUUUUGUCUUUAAACGUACGCGGAGCCUUGGCAAAAAAGAGGGGAUGGAUCCCUGCAGGAAAUAAGCUAAAACUCUCCGGCUUUCGGACUGCAAACCCAGCAAACGCGCUUGUGAAUUAUGCACACCCAUGAGCUGCAAAGCCCAUUUCUUCUUUCUCCUUCCUCUGACUGUUGUACGAAUCUCAACAUGGAAAAGGAAAAGGAAGUUGCUGGGGGUUGCAGUUCCGCCUCUCUCUUGGAAGACAUGCUGGCUGAGCGAGAACAUGAAUCUCCUUUGAAUCAAGGGGGCAAGCAGAACCUGGGAUUAAGGGGGAGAAUCUCUCCUAAACCUUUAACGUGGAGGACGCCUCGAGCAGCUCGGAGAAGUUGUAAUGCAAGCUUUAAGUCUCCUGUUCUUCCUCCAAGGAGCUGUCAGCCUGCUGAUAAGGACGUCUUGCAGCACGAAAUUGAAGAGCUAAAAUGCAAGGAACUUGCUCUGGAUCAGGAAAUAGCACAGAUCAAGGCUGAGGGAUACAGCUUGGAGGAACUGGAAAACCACAUUACCCUGCUUCAUGAAUACAAUGAGAUCAAAGACGCCGGACAAAUGCUUUUAGGCAAAUUGGCUCAGUUACUCUCUAGUUUGUGUGCUUUCUCUCCUAGCUGUGAUCAGAGGCGUCACCACGAAAGAACUCUACCCUGAAUUUGACCUAGACCUUAACGACUAGGAGGAAUGUAGAACAUGACACUACCUAGACUAUUGAAAUAUAAUACAUGGUGAAAAGGCAACCACUGUAAGUUCAUUCCCCCCCCCCAACUAUUGAUGAAACAGUGGCUUUAAUUCUUAAAAAAACCCCAUUUAAUGGAUGGAGAAGCUGUUGGAUUGUGACCAACCAUCUGGAGAUGGACAGGAGAGAAUUCCCCUGCCGUGCACAGAUCUCUGCAGAAUUGUAGGAUGCUGUAGUGGACUGAAUAACUACUAAUGGUCCUAUUCAUUGUGGAAGUCGACCAGGCUAAAAUACAAGUCCAGUGUGAUUUCCUGUAAGAGUUGCAAAGGUUACUGAUGGUCUCAAUGGAAGUCCCUUCAGCCCUGCGUCCAUUCACAGGUCAGCCCUGUUUUCUUUCUCACAAGCGGACUGAAUUUGAAGGUGGAAUCCUCUCCAGUCCAAAUCAUCCCCCUACCUACCUUUUUAACAAUUUGCUGGAAUGCAGCCUCCUUCAAAUGACGGCUGUUGAUAAGACCAUAGUUCAGAACACGUUGUUGAGAGGAAAGCGAAAAUGAAAUCGUCUAUAAAAGUGAUGCAUAACUUGCUUGGCAAUGAGUUUUAAAAGCAUUUGUGAGGUGGUUCAGCUUUGACGCUGAAAUUAAGGGGGCUGUUGCACGGGGGACGAAAAAUGAACAUGCAUUGACUUAAAAGUGGUUUCCUUUCCUUCGUGCAAGGAGGUUGGAAUCUCAACUAAUUUAUGUUGGUGUUUGGGGGUGAAAUAUUAGCUCUCGUUAUCUUGCUAAUAUAGGCAAUUCAAGGCUUUCAACGCAGAUCUGCAGAGGUCUUGCAUUCCAAAGUUAUAACAUUAAAGACAAUUCUCAAUUUUUAA